UGUCCCGCAUCCACAGCUUUCAUCCUGGUAACCUCCACCCUUCAUAACGGUCUAGUUUUAUGAAUCACACACAGGAAAGGACCUUCUGCCAAAUGAAAAAGAACACAGGCCGGGAUUAAAACAGCAUUCUGGUAGAGUAUCUGAAAGCAUUCUGCAAUGAACACAUCAAACUCUAUGUUUUUGUGGAUUGUAUUUCUGGAAGUUCUGAUCGGCGCAGUCCUGUGUCAAGAUGAGAUUAUUAUUACAGUAUGUCAAGAGGAAGAUACUGACCUCAGAGUCAACUGCCUCCUGGAGCCCAAAGCCAACUACCACACAGACUUUGAGUUCUCCAUGUCCAAAGGCAACAAGGAGAUUAUCAUAAACACUAACAUCUCUGGUAUUAUGCCUGACCCCAAAUUCAGACACAACACAUUUGUGACAGAGAUUGAACCCUACGGAUUCAGACUGACCAUGAUGGGCUUCACCAUCUCGGAGAACACUACUUUCAUUUGCAAAGUAACCAAGUCCCAGAAGACUCUGUUUGUUGAAUUGGACACCAUCGAGCCCUGCUCUGCCAUCAGUGUGUUUCUGCUGGGUUAUCCCUGGAUCAGUCUUCUAAUUCCUAUGUGCAUUUUACAGCUGUGUGAAGACUUCUGAGAAAUAGCUCAAGUGUAUACAAGAGCAUUAGCAGGCUAAAUUAAAAGGGGAAACAUUUCUAUACAGCUCUCAGCAUCUUUUACUCUUUAGCUUUAUUUUACAAAGCUCUGCUUUUACUGUAAAGUAAGACUGAUUGCUGCCUCUGUGAUGGGAUUAUUUACUGUUUUUUCACAUGGCAAAAGUUAAAGACUGCUGUGUUAAUAGGUGUCAAUAUUGCUUAACCUUCAGAAGAAAUCUUACAAGAAUUUGUGUAUCUUUGGAUGUAGCUGCAUAACUCAGUGAAGUUAACUAAUAUGUUUGUAAUGGUGUUAAAAUGUGCCACCGAUGUCUGAGUAGCUCUAUAUAAUAACAUGAUUUUGAUCAAAUUCACUACAAAUGUUUAAUUUAUAGGACACUUU